AUGAAAUAUUAUCAUCUAACUUUGAUUGUGGCUCAAGUGGCAAGUUACAGUUUCCCAAAGAAGUUUUGCGAUAUAGAAACUGACAGUUUGACCAAGCAAUGUUUCCUGAGAGAAACUUUAGUCUCAUUGGCACACAGUCCAAAUCAGCUUGCGGUUGAUAGAACUACGAACACUCUUUACCUGAGCUUCGAUUCUGGACAAGGAGAAUACAUACCGGCUAUGAUUAAUAUAGACACAAGAAAAGUGACUGUAUUAAAAGGUGUUAAGGAUGCAUUCGCCAUAGCGUACGAUUCGAUAGCGAAAGAAAUAUAUUUUGGUGGCAGCCACGGUAUUUACAACUAUAAUCCUGUUAAGAAGCUCUUGAGAAGAUUGGCGAUAGGGAACUUGGACAUUUGGUGGUUGUUCGUGAAGGAAAAUAUUUACUUCAUCAAAUUCCCGACUUUGAAAGCUUUUCACUACCUGAAUAGAACAAUCAAUUAUGUAAAUCGAUUGCAAUCUAAAACGAUGCACCAGUUCGUUUUGGAUAAUGAUGACAACAUAUUUUUUAUAAACACCACUGGUUUGUACGGUGUCAGAAAUAAUAGCGACGAAGCUGUUCUGUUGAGGGAUCAUCCGAGAUUUUUGGGGAUGAGCUUGGAUAACAAGGGGCAGCUGUACCUUUGUACCGAUGAAGCCAUAUACGUUUUGAGUAAGAUGGUGCAGAAAGUGAAACGAUUGGUGAACAUUCAAGAAGUAGGAGCGAAAGUUAUACCAGAAAAUCUCUCUAUAUCCUUCUUAAAGACCUGUCGAGAGCCUGUCGAGAACUACAGUAAGUUCAAUUUUGGAACGUAA